UGUAGGUGAGCGGGAUCAGACCAGUAGGAGUCACCGCUACACUCGCGCUCUCUCUGCUGAGCCUCUCUGUGUUUGAGCAGGGAAACAAAAUGCCGGAAGUGGGUUUUCGGGGAGACGGAGUUUCGGGACUCGUAAGCGUGGAAAGUUUCCUCUAUUAAGAAAUCUACUUUUCCCGAGGAUUAAAGCUGUUCUUCAGGUGUUGUUUCACUGUUUCAUUCAUCCGCACUUUUACAAUGGGGCUCCCGGCGCUGGAAUUCAGUGAUUCUUUUCUGGACAGUCCUGACUUCAGGGAACGACUCAGAUGCCACGAAAUUGAGCUGGAGCGUACUAAUAAAUUCAUCAAGGAACUUAUCAAAGAUGGAAAUAUGCUUAUUAGUGCGCUUAAAAAUCUAUCUGCAGCUGUGCAGAAAUUUUCCCAGUCCCUACAGGAUUUCCAGUUUGAAUGCAUCGGAGAUGCAGAAACAGAUGAUGAGAUUAACAUUGCCCAGUCAUUAAAGGAAUUCUCCCAGCUGCUGAACACGGUGGAGGAGGAAAGACGACGACUAAUACAGAAUGCUGAUGAUGUCUUGAUCACACCGCUGGCAAAGUUUCGGAAAGAGCAGAUCGGAGCGGCCAAAGAAGGGAAGAAGAAAUUUGACAAGGAGACCGAGAAGUAUUACACAGUUUUGGAGAAGCACUUAAGCCUGUCUUCAAGAAAGAAAGAGUCACUUUUGCAGGAGGCAGAAACCCAAAUAAAUAAGGAAAGACAGAUUUUCUAUGACGCCUCCCUGGAAUAUGUUUUCAAAAUCCAAGAAGUGCAAGAAAGGAAAAAGUUUGAGUUUGUUGAGCCGCUGCUGGCCUUCCUCCAGGGAUUAUUCACCUUCUACCACGAGGGUUACGAACUGGCACAUGAGUUUGAGCCAUACAAGCAACAGCUACAGUUCAACCUCCAGAAUACAAGAAAUAAUUUCGAGAGCACAAGACAGGAAGUGGAGAAUUUGAUGAGAAGGAUAAGGUCUGCAGAUCAGGACUUUAAAGCUCCAGGAGAGUGGACCAUGGAGGGCUUCCUCUAUGUGCAGGAGAAGCGACCCUUGGGGUGCACAUGGAGUCGACAUUAUUGCACGUAUGAGAAAGGGACCAAAAUGUUUACAAUGAGCAACUCUGAAUUCAAGUCUGGAGGCAAACAGAAUGGAUUGAUCAUGAGUCCUCCUGAGAUGUUUAAGCUGAAGUCAUGCAUCAGACGGAGGACUGACUCUAUUGACAAGCGAUUCUGCUUUGACAUUGAGGUGGUAGAAAGGCAUGGUAUCAUCACCCUUCAGGCUCUCUCUGAAUCCAACAGAAGACUGUGGAUGGAGGCCAUGGAUGGAAAAGAGCCGAUUUACACCCUUCCAGCACUUUUGAGCAAGAAAGAGGAAACAUUCCUAAAUGAAGCAGGCUUUAAUUUUGUAAGGAAGUGUAUAGAUCUUGUGGAAACAAGAGGCAUUUACACAAUGGGGCUGUACAGAAUAGGUGGAGUUAACUCUAAAGUCCAGCGUCUGAUGACCUCAGUGUUUGCGGCCAAAGCUCCAGCAGAUAUGGACCUUGACCCAGACACCUGGGAUAACAAGACCAUCACCAGCGGCCUGAAGAAUUACCUCAGGUGUCUGGCAGAACCCCUCAUGACUUACAAACUCCACAAAGAUGUCAUCAUGGCAGUCAAGUCUGAUGAUCAGAACUACAGGGUGUGUGCUGUUCAUGCCCUCGUCCACAAGCUCCCGGACAAGAAUAAAGAGAUGCUGGAUAUUCUGAUAAAACAUCUACAUGUGGUUUCCACACAUAGUCAGAAGAAUAUGAUGACCGUGUCUAACCUGGGUGUGAUUUUUGGCCCAACACUCAUGCGCUCUCAAGAAGAGACAGUUGCUGCCAUGAUGAACAUCAAGUUUCAGAAUAUUGUAGUAGAGAUCCUCAUAGAAAACUAUGACAAGAUAUUUCAUCAAGCUCCGGACCCUAACGUCCCUCUGCCACAGCCUCAGUCUCGUGCCAGUGCCCGCCAGAGCAAAGCCAUCUGCCUGUCCUCAAGGUCCCGCAAAUCCAGAGGCCUGUACUCUCCCACCCUGUGCCUGGCUGAUGCUGACAGUGACACGUUCAGCAGCAGUCCGAGUAGCACUCCCAUGGGCAGUAUGGAGUCUCUCUCGUCUCACUCUUCAGACCAGAACAGCUGCUCUAAGACGGGCUCCCCAUCAUGUACCAAACACAAGGCAUCAGGGAACCUAUGCUGGACCAUUUCAUCUCCCUCCUCCAACGGGCCCAAAAGCCCCGCUUGCACCACCAGCCCUGAUUCCAGCUCCAAAGAGGACGCCAACAAGACUGAUGGAGAAUGGGAAGAAGCGCUGAGCACGAGUCCAGGUGAUCGAAGCUCUCCGGCUUCAGAGAUCCUCCAGAGAACCCUCGGAGAGACUCUGGAGGAUCAUGGGGAAGAACGACACAGUCUGUCCACCUGCUCUUCUCUCACUUCACUCCGCAUUUCUGAGGGUUUCAGAAGCUGUCACGGCUCUAUUCAGAGCCUGGUGUCACGCAGUCAGAGAGACAGUCUGAAGUCCCUCCAUCUGCCGGAGCUUCCUCCUAAAGUGACGGUGACAUAUAGACACUCCUCGGCCAGCAAUGGCUACCAGAGACCGGGAUCUGUUGUGGCCUUGCGGGCAGCAGUCUUUGAGAGUCCUGGGAUUUCCCAGACCACAACGGGAAGAGAGGCUAAAGCCUUGUAUUCCUGUCAAGCGGAGCACAGUCAUGAGCUGAGCUUCCCACAGGGGGCACACUUCUCCAACGUGUAUCCCUCAGUGGAACCCGGCUGGCUCCAAGCAACAUAUGAUGGCAAAACCGGACUCAUCCCAGAGAAUUAUGUAGCUUUCCUCUAAUCUAAUGGCACCAGAACAGGCAAAAGCAAAGCCCAUGGUAUCCAUGCUAUUCAUUUCUGCAAAAAAAGGGAUCAUUAUAUGCCUUACUGUAUGUAAAUAGUUUUUGUUUAACGUUAUAACCAGAUCGUUGACUGUUGCAUAUGAUUAAGUUUAUUCAGGAUGUAAAUAUCACCUUUGUCUUAAAUGUAUUGUAGAUUUAAUUUCAUCUAGGUACAUGCUGUUGACUGUAUUAACACAUUUCUGUGUGGCCCACAAUGCGAAUGGGCUCUGAUAUUUCAAAUUUGAUGACAUAAGCUCAUAACACUCUGAGAAGUGUUGCGGUACGGCUCUGAAGGAAUCUAUGGAUUUGUUUUACAUAAAGGGAGCAUUUAUUAGCGACUAUAUAAAGUAGCAGAAGAUAAUGUAUUGUCCAAUGUGAUAUUUGUAAAACUCUUGUAAAAAAUAUGUAACAUUCUUUUCAGUGAUGCCAAAAGGUGAAUCAUGUUGGUAAAAGUGAGUUGGCACUCAUUGUUAUUCCAUGCAAUUUCAAAAGGUUAUAUAGAAAAUUGGUAUCUCUUAGUAGUGAAUGUUUUUAAUAAGAACCUUUUCAUGUUCUUAACAUUUUUGUUCUAAAUUUAAACAAUAAAUAUCUUGAUUGAACUAACUUUAUAAGCCAAAUAUGUUUCUUAUAUGCUGCAAACCUGUUUUAUUAUUCUAAUAUACUGUCAGUUUUGUGGCAUUUGGUAAAAGUAUGUUACAGAAAAGUGUUGUUUAGAUGUUUUAGCUUAUACUGAAUAUAUUUGUUGAGUGUAAUAAAGUGGAUUUCUUUUAUUAAUAAAGCACAAGAAAAUGCAAGUUAAA